CGAAACACAUACAUUAAUACCCGCGUCUCUGUUCCGUGUUGUGCGAUCGCCGGAACAAAGCAAGGUGACGUCAGGGCGUAAAAAAGGCCACGGUUGGGGGAGUUUGCUGCAAGGAGAGAGAAAGAGAGACAGGGACAGAGAGACAGGGGAGGGCCGUAGCGAGUGUAUUUGUGAGCGGCGGCGCGUGUGGCGUGUUGUGGUGAGAACUGUAUUGUGAAUGGUGAGUGUGCUGCCCUGCUCGCCACGAUGCAGCACGUAGCACUUCAAGAUUUCCAGGGAUUCACGCCCCCCUUGCGAAGAGGCGACGGGGGGCGGUGCUCGGGGCAUGUGGUGGACUCGGGGGGUGGAGGGGGGGAGUGUCCAGCGCCCCCUAGUGGUGAGGACCAAUAUUUGUCCCGGAUUCCCACCUGCCCUAGUGAGGAUUGGAAGUUUCCGUCUUUCCCUGACUUCGGUGGUGGAAUGAGUGGUGACCAGUGUGGUGACCAGUGUGGUGAGGAGGAAAAGUACCCGCCCCUCAGCUGCCCUGUGGACUCCGUCAGUGACUGGGAGGAAGACUACCUGUCCUUCGGGAUAUUCCUUCAUAGUGAUGAGGAAGAGCAGUACCCACGCGUGACAGAUUCCAGUGAUGAUACAGAGCAACACUCAACGUCCUCCGGUGGUGACGAGCAGCAUCCAACCUCAUCUGGUGGUGAUAACGAGAGCUCAACCCCAUCCAGUGCUGAUAAAGAGCAUUUAACCCCAUCUAGUGGUGAUAAAGAAAAUUCAGCUCCAUCUAGUGGUGAUCAAGAGAAUUCAACCCCAUCUAGUGGUGAUCAAGAGAAUUCAACCCCAUCUAGUGGUGAUAAGGAGAAUUCAACCCCAUCUAGUGGUGAUAAAGAGAAUUCAAACCCAUCUAGUGGUGAUAAAGAGAAUUUAACCCCAUCUAGUGGUGAUAAGGAGAAUUCAACCCCAUCUAGUGGUGAUAAAGAGGAAUAUUCCAAUCCUUCUAGCUGUGACGGAAAACAACAUCCAACUUUCGAAACCAUGGGAGAAAAUGAGAGAAAGGAACAAUACCCACCUUUAGUGAAUCAUGUGGAUAUUAGUGACGAGGGUGACCAAUAUCCACCUGUCUUGAAUCAUGUGGGUACCAGAGAUGAAAGCGAACAAUAUCCACCUGUCGCGGCCUCUGACCAAUAUCCAUCUGUCUCAAAUCAUGUGGAUACUAGAGACGAGGGUGACCAAUAUCCACCUGUCUUGAAUCAUGUGGAUACUAGAGAUGAAAGCGAACAGUAUCCACCUGUCGCCACCUCUAAACAAUAUCCGCUUGUCUCAAUUCAUGUGGAUACUAGGAACGAGAGCGAGCAAUAUCCGCCUGUCUCAAAUCAUGUGGAUACUAGAGACGAGAGGGAACAAUAUCCACCUAUCGAAACUUCCAGUGAGAUCCAGCAUUAUCCACUUCUCGCUAAUCAUGUGGGUAAAAGAGACGAGAGUUACCAGACCUCUGCUAGCCAUCCACCUGUCGGGAGCCAUGUGGAUACUAGAGACGAAAGCGAGCAAUAUCCACCUGCAAACCAUGUGGAUACCAGAGACGAGAGCGAACAAACCACUGAGGCAUAUCCACUUGUCGAAAACCACACUAAAGAUGAAAGCAAACAAUAUCCACUUCAUGAGAACCAUGUGGAUACCAGAGACGAGAGCGAACAAACCACUGCGGUAUAUCCACCUGCAAACCGCGUGGAUACCAGAGACGAGGGCGAACAAACCACUGAGCAAUAUCCACUUAUCAAAAACCACACUAAAGAUGACAGCAACCAUUAUCCACCUCUUGAGAACCGUGUGGAUACCAAAGACAAGAAAGAACAGACCUCUGAAAGAAACCCGCCUGCUGAACCAUCAAAGCAGCACACACCCGCGGCAGCCUCUCCGCAAACACAUUGCAGCGAAGGACACCACCCGCAUGUUUGUUCCUGCAGAAGGGAUCAGCACCACAACCAUCCACACCAGCACCAUCCAAACCACCCGCAACACCACCACGCGGCCCACAGUGAAAGCGACGACGAGGAGCACUACUACCCGCACCUCGGCACUAUUUUUGAGACACACGAUGAAGACGAGGAACAUUCACCAGGGAAGAGAGGCGCUAAUGGUAAAUUCCAUACCCCACACUCCCGCCCAACCUCCCCCACCGCCUCCCCACGCGUCACGCCCGCCUCCCCGGCCUCUCCCGCCUUUACCUUCAAGUGCUCUGCUGCCAAACCACCCAUUCCGCUGCUCAGAUGGGCGCGUCGACACCACAGGCAUGAGAGCGAGGUGAGCGGAAGCAGCGCCCUCGUGUCUCCAGUCCAGAGUCGGCGCCGCCCGGCACACGGACUACCGCGCCAGCACCCGCACAGCCGCGUGAGGAAGGUGAGCGCGCCGCCGGAGUUGCAGCCACACUUAGGUGGCACUCAGCCCCAGCACAGCAACGCCCACGCCCACACCACCCCGGGCCACGGCGGCACGAAUCCCGAUCACGCGGACCGGUCCUCCAGCUCGGAAUUUAUCCUCAGCUUGCCCUCACAGACACAGCUGUCUCGGGGCUUCUACAGCAGUUCGGACUCAGGAGUGCCAUCCGAGUACUCGUCUUGCGGAGGCCAUGUGGCGGAAGUGAACCGCCACGCCCCGCAGACCAGCUUCUCUCCCACAGCUUCCGUGAACGACCUCGCAAACCAGCACCAGACUCACGAGACUCAAGACGUGUCCUUCUACCAGUCCGACUCCGACAGCGAGAGUCUGGACGACGUGCAUUCGCCUCAAGGUCACCGCACGUCUGGUGUUGUUGGUGAGAUGAACAACCAAACGCUGAACCACAACCACAUGGAGCCCUCCCCCCUGGUGCUCCCGGUGGGUUCCCCGCCCCCCCUGAACCGCAUCCCCACUGAGCCCAUCAUGAACACGCCGCCCUCCCACCCGGUGGGCGGCCACCACAACCAGGCCCGGCGCCACAGCAUGGUGGUGCAGCUCAACCUCCAGGGCGCGGCGACACCCCUCACAGGAUUCACGCAGGCACCCAACACAACUCGCUCUGUGUCCAUGGUGUCGCUGACCGGCAACCCCGUGGUGUCCACCAGCAUGUACCCCAACUUGCACAACGACACGCAGUCCAUCUACAGCGACGUGGGCUACAGCCCGCCCGGCGCCUACCACGGCAUCCAGCACAUGGACUCCCAGGCGUCGCUGACGGGCGGCCCGCACAAGGUGGAGAGCCAGCAGGCGCUGGUUAACCCCCAUCCCGAGGCAGGAUGCGGCGGUAUGCCCGAGGCUCACCACGGGGCGCCACAGCCCGUCGAGGAUGAAGAGAAGAAGUCCUGGUUCAUCCACACACUGAGCGAGAACCUGAGCAUCAUCUAUGCGGUCUUCCUGGUCACGCUGGGCAUCGUCAUCUACCUGGCAGACACCUUCAACAACCAUGACUCCGCCAUGGCCGAGGCCUUCAACGUGUUCCUGAUCGUGGUGCAGUUGCUCUGGCUCUUCUACGUGCAUGUGGAUGUUCGCCGCUACGUCAGCCACAUCUCGCGGGCGCUGGAGGAGGCCAAGACCAAGCAGGUGAACAAGGACGAGCAGGUGCAGCUGGAGCCCACCGGGGACGGCCAGUACCAGCUGCGCAUCAAUGUGCCCGAGGCGCCGAGGACCAUCCCGCAAUACUACGGCUUUACCUCGGGCAGGCACGGCGGUUCCCUCUACCUCAAGAUCGGUGCUACAGUCUUCUGCCUGGGUUACCUGAUCCACACCGGCCUUAACCUGGGCCAGAAGAUCCUGUACCUGACGGAAGACAACGAGGACUUCGAGAACUGCACGUGCACGACUGACGUGGUGAUGUACGUGCUGCAGCCAGUGUACGCCUUCUACCAGCUCUUCUUCAUCUUCAAGUACUCCAACCUCAUCAUCAACCGCAGGAAGGUGUUCGCGAGGUUUGGCAUCAUGCACUGCAUCGCCUCCUCGUUGUGCUUCUGGGUGUUCACCAUCAUGCAAGAGACUCUCCAGGCCAUCUUCAUGAAGAGCAAGGACAAGGGUUACAACUACAGCGGCACCACCGAUGCCUACACCAAGUAUUCAGUGUUCAGCGACCUGGACGGCGACGACUCCAACGAAAACGAAGUUGACCAUCCGGUGAGCUACGCGGCCAAGAAGACUUCCGCCGCGUCCUCGUGGUCCAUCAACUAUGGAUGUGAGAACGACACCCACUUGUCCAGCAUGAUCAACGCCACUACGCCUUACCUCUACCCCUUCAGCAUUGAGUUCAACAUCUUGAUGGUGGGCCUGUGGAUUCUCCUGUGGGAGAACAUCGGCCGCUUCGAGCGCCACACGCACAUUCCCUCCGUGGAGGUGACCUACGAGGAGGACAACAGCAAGUCACUCAGCUCAAACCUCAUCAUCUACGUGGACUGCCACGCCUCCAACCGUGGCCUGUUUGCCGGCCUGCUGAUGACCGUGGCCACCGUCAUCUCCAUCAUUUUGUUCUUCAUCUUCUCGGCGUCCGAGACCACCCGCGCGCUGGGCGCCACCGUUAACGGCGCCAGCGAAGUGAUCCUACUGUCCUGCAUGCUGGUGGCAGGAUUCUUCGCUUACAACUCCAUCCGCCUACUGGACAUGAUCAAGCAUGGCAUCAGCGCCGUGGAUGACAUCCUGCUGUUUGUGUGCCUGCCCUGUAUCUUCUUCUACGCCUUCUUUACCAUGGUGCCCUCCAUCACAGACGGCAACUAUCUGUCCGUGUGUGUAUCCAUCCUCCAAGUGUCCCAGGUCAUCCUGCAGACGGCACUGAUGAACGAUGGCUUGCGCCGUUGCUCCAACUCCCAGGCGCUGCAGCACAAGAAGCCUGGCAGAGAGGUGAUCACGUACCUGGUGGUGGCCAACGUGGCCAUGUGGCUGCUGCAGACAUUUGAGAUCAAAAGCUCCGAAGGAAACUCUGUAUUCUACGACUUUUAUGGCAAGGAGCUAUGGACGCUGCUGUCCCACCUGACGCUGCCACUCGCGCUCUUCUACCGCUUCCACUCUUCCGUGUGUCUGGCGGACAUGUGGAAGGCGGCGUAUGAGCCGGAGGAGUCCCACUAGGAGGAGCGGCCUCUAGCGCGGCGCCCUUUACAGAGGCUGGCCUCAAUCCGGGUCCUCCCUAGUAGCAGCAGCAGCAGCAGCGGCUGCGUCCUGUACAUAGUACAUCACCCCUGCCCUCCACCGCCGGCCAGGCACACCUGAGCUGCUUUCCAGGGGCUUUCUCGCCCGCAAGCCGAUUAUAGAUACAAAAAAUUUACCAAUAGUAUUAAUAAGUUUUAAAAAUAUCUAUAGACAGGGUUUGAUUUUGAAUGCUAGUUUAAAUUACACACACACACACACACACACACACACACACACACACACACACACACACACACACACAUAUACACACACACACACACAGGAGUGCCAAGGGUCAGCGGUAGGAGGGGCCGGCCAUUGGCACCCCUCGGCUCCCUCCCUGGUGUGUACAUAACAGGCGCUGCCUCAGGUGCAAAGCCGCUCUCAUUGCUCAUCCUGUAUUUAUGAUGCCAUACAACUGUAGAUACUGACCCUCGCCCCUUGUGAUAAACUGGUCAGGUCGAUGCGCUGCCCUCGGUCGGCUGCCGCGUCUGGCCGAGGUGUUGAGCGCCUCGACUCCUCCUCUUGUGAUAUGUAUGCAUAGUGGAGGCUCGCAAAGCAGCAGCAGUUCUGGAGUACUUGACAGAGACGGACGCUGCACGGCCACCAAGGCCCGGCAUUACCUCUCGCUCUGUGUUGUACAUGUUGUACUUAAUUUUGUUUACUUAAGUUAUAAGACAAGUACAAGCGAAUCAUUUGUACUUAUGCCAAAUAAAAUAUUGAUUUAU